CACGCGGGACUCCUCGAGGCGCUGGCCAUGCUGUUCGUGGCCUACUUCAUCCUCGUCCUCACCGUGCUCUCCGUCUGCGCCAUCGCCACCAACGGGGCCGUGCGCGGGGCGGUGCCUACUUCAUGAUCAGCCGUACGCUGGGCCCCGAGUUCGGGGCAGCAUCGGCUCAUGUUCUACCUGGCCAACGUGUGCGGCUGCGCCGUCUACGUGCUGGGGCUCGUGGAGGCUGUGCUGGACGUCUUCGGGACUGACGCGGGGGUCCCGUCGGGGGUCCGGGUGCUGCCGCAGGGGUACGGCUGGAGCCUGCUGUACGGGACGCUGCUUCUGGGCCUGGUGGGUGGGGUCUGCACCCUGGGGGCGGGACUGUACGCCCGGGCCGCCUUCCUCACCUUCCUGCUGGUCAGCGGCUCCCUGGCCUCCGUCCUGGUCAGCUUCGUGGCCGUGGGGCCCCGGGACGUCCCCCUGCCCCCCCGCCCGGGGCCCAAUGGCUCCUCGGGCCCCCCCCAGCACGGACGCUUCACCGGCUUCAACACCAGCACUCUGCGGGACAAUCUGUACGCCGGCUACGCCCAGGAUUAUACCACCGGGGUCAACAUGACCUUUGCCAGCGUCUUCGCGGUUCUCUUCAACGGCUGCACCGGCAUCAUGGCUGGGGCCAACAUGUCUGGGGAGCUGAAAGACCCCAGCCGGGCCAUCCCCCUGGGCACCAUCAUCGCCGUCGUCUACACCUUCUUCGUCUACGCCCUCCUGUUCUUCCUGUCCAGCUUCACCUGCAACAGGACGCUGCUGCAGGAGGACUACGGAUUCUUCCGGGCCAUCAGCCUGUGGCCCCCGCUGGUCCUGGUCGGGGUCUACGCCACGUCCCUGUCGGCCUCCAUGAGCUCGCUCAUCGGGGCCUCCCGCAUCCUCCACGCCCUCGCCCGGGACGAUCUGUUCGGGCUGGUCCUGGCUCCCGCGAAGGUCGUGACCCAGGGCGGGAACCCCUGGGGGGCCGUGCUCUACUCCUGGGCCCUGGUGCAGGUGGUGCUGCUGGUGGGGAAGCUGAACACGCUGGCGGCCGUGGUGACCGUCUUCUACCUGGUGGCCUACGCGGCCGUGGACCUGUCCUGCCUGAGUCUGGAGUGGGCGUCCGCCCCCAACUUCCGCCCCACGUUCGGCCUGUUCUCGUGGCACACGUGCCUGCUGGGCGUGGCCUCGUGCCUCCUGAUGAUGUUCCUGAUCAGCCCCGGGGCGGCGGGGGCGUCGCUGCUGCUCAUGGCCCUCCUGUCCGGCCUGCUGACCGCCCGCGGCGGGCCCACCAGCUGGGGAUACGUCAGCCAGGCCCUGCUCUUCCACCAGGUGCGUAAAUAUCUGCUGCGCCUGGACGUCCGCAAGGAGCACGUGAAGUUCUGGCGGCCGCAGCUGCUGCUGCUGGUGGGAAACCCGCGGGGGGCCCUGCCCCUGCUCCGCCUGGCCAACCAGCUCAAGAAGGGGGGGCUCUACGUCCUCGGACACGUCACCCUGGGAGACCUCGACUCUCUGCCGUCAGACCCGGUGCAGCCCCAGUAUGAGGCCUGGCUGGGCCUGGUGGAUCGGGCUCAGGUCAAGGCCUUCGUGGAUCUCACGCUGUCCCCCAGCGUGCGGCAUGGAGCCCAGCACCUCCUCCGCAUCUCCGGCCUGGGAGGCAUGAAGCCCAACACCCUGGUCCUCGGCUUCUACGACGAAACCCUUCCCCAGGACCACUUCCUGUCGGACCCGGCCUUCUCCGAGCCGGCGGGGGCCCCCUCCCCGUUCCCCCCGCCCCGGGAGGCCGGCAGCCCCACGCCUCACCCCCAGGACUACGUGGCCAUGGUGGCCGACGCCCUCAAGAUGAACAAGAACGUGGUCCUGGCCCGGGGGGCCGGGGGGCUGCCCCCGGAGCGGCUGGGCAUGGCGGCGGGGGCCGGGGCAGGACCGGGCCCGCUGCCCCCGCCCCACCACCUGGACAUCUGGCCGCUGAACCUGCUGCGGCCGCGGGGCGGGCCGGGCUACGUGGACGUGUGCGGCCUGUUCGUGCUGCAGAUGGCCACCAUCCUGGGCAUGGUGCCGGCCUGGCGCGGCGCCCGCCUGCGCAUCUUCCUGUGCCCGGGCCCGCGGGAGCCGGCGGGGGCCGGGGAGGGGCGGCUGCGGGCGCUCCUGGAGCAGCUGCGGAUCCGGGCCGAGGUGCGGGAGGUGGCCUGGGAGGGGAGCGGGGACGGCGGGGACGGCGAGGAGGGCGACUUCGUCAACGGGCACCGCGGCGAGGCGGAGGCGGAGGCCCUGGCCGUCGGCGCCAACGCCCUGGUCAGGGCCCAGCAGGGGGGCGGGCCGGCCGGGGGGGGCUCCACGGCCCUCACCUUCCUCUACCUGCCCCGGCCCCCCGCCGACGCCGCCCGCUACCCCUCCUACCUGGCCCUGCUGGAGCGGCUGAGCCGCGGCCUGGGCCCCGCGCUGCUCGUGCACGGCCUCACCCCGGUCACCUGCACCGACCUCUAGCCGCCCCCCGCCCCAGACCUGGGACCCCCGGCCCCCGGGGGGUGAGGGGGAAGGGGGGGAGGGACCACGCCCCUCAGUGGGCUGCCUGCACUGACCCAGAGCUGCCCCCACCCCUCUCCCCGCCCUCCGCCUUUUCGGGGGGGCCGAGGGUGGCCGUCCGGAUCUCGCCCGUCACAGGUGCCUUGUUGGGAGGGGUCUCUCCACCCCCACCCUCCUCGCCCCUCCCCAGAUGAAGCUCUAGCCUACCUCACUCCAUUCUUGACAGGACUCACUCCCCCCAUCCCCUCCACCUAUUUUUAAUUUUUUGCUGACAAUAAAAAGAAACACACUACUGUCCAA